AUGAUAUGGAAGAAACCUCUUAGAAGUGCACCACCACGUCUACAGAGAUUGCUUAUCAAAGUCCAAGGAUACCGAUUUCAAGUCAAGUAUCGACCAGGAAAAGACAUGAUUCUUUCCGAUACCUUGAGCCGACUUCCUAAUCCCAAGGAAGCACGCGAUGUUCCGCUAGAUGUCAGAGUGGAAUCCAUCUGCUCUGAAGCCGAAGAUUCGCACCAGAUUGACUUGAUAUACUUCGGACAACACAAGAGAACAGAGCUUCAGAGAGAAACAGCUAAUGAUCCUGUUCUCAGAUCACUAUGGCAAAUAGUCACUCAGGGAUGGCCUGAGACCAUCCAAGAAUUGCCGAUAUCCCUUCGUCAAUUUUGGUCUUACAGAGAUGAAAUCGGAGUAUCACACGGAGUACUCUUCAAGGGAAGUCAAGUCAUCAUACCGAAGACACUAAGGAAUGACAUCCUUAGACAGCUUCAUCUAGGACACAUGGGAAUCGAAAGCACGAGACGACUUGCUCGUGAGACAGUGUUCUGGCCAAACAUCAACAAGAACAUUGAUCAGAUGAUAAAGCAGUGUGAAACAUGCCAGAAACACCAAGCAAGACAGCAGAAAGAGCCACUGCAUCCCCAUGAUGUACCACCAGCACCAUGGACCAGACUGGGAAGUGACUUGUUCAUGCUCAAUAGACAAGAAUAUCUACUCGUUACUGAUUACUAUUCCAAGUAUCCGAUCAUUGCUAAGCUAACCGAUACAUCCAGUGCAGCUAUAGCAAGACAGAUGACGGGAAUCUUCAGUCUGUUUGGUCCACCAGAAGAGAUUGUGUCCGACAACGGUCCACAAUUUGUCGGGAAACCAUUCAAGACAUGUGCAAGAAGUGGAAUAUCAAGCACAUCACUUCUUCACCACACUAUCCAAGAUCCAACGGAUUAG